AUGGGAACCCUUUCAAGGAGUGGAAAGUAUUGUCCCAUUUAUAAACCAUGGAACAAAGUUAAGGACAAAAGGAAAAAAAAGUUGCUUCAACUCAUAAAGACAAAGUUUGAUAUUCCAGAAGAUAAUGUUGUUGAAACCUGGCUAUUGCAAUCUUUGGGGCAUCAGGUGAAGAACUGGAGGGCAAGACUUAGGGACCUCUACCAUGAUCCGUCUUUGUCAAUUAAACAACAGAAAAGGUCUAGGCCAAAACAAGUGCAGAAGAAACAAUGGAAGAAACUUGUAGAUUACUGGAAUGAAGAAGACUUUAAGAUGCUAAGUAAAAAAAACAAGGACAAUCGGGGAAAAAAGAAGAUGGUGCAAAUAACGGGUAAAAAAAGUUAUGCUCGAGUUCGUGAAGAGCUAAAGGAAUCUUUAGGAAAAGAUCCAAGUCGAAUGGAUAUGUUUCAUGAAUGCUUCUGCAAAGAUGGAAAUACCAAAACUGUGGAAGCUGAAAAAGCAAUUGCGAAGAUGAAACAAAUCAAACUAAAACUCCCCGAGGGUUCGAAUGAUACGCCUGGACCAGAUGAUAUUUUUUCUAAAGUCAUGGGUAAGGAUCGCAAUGGUGAUGCAAUCCUGUAUGGUUUGGGUGUUCGUGCUUCUGAUGUAUGGGGGUAAUACCAAGUCGUUCAGCAUGUCAUAAAGAAAACAUCCAAAAGAAAACAUCCAAUUGAAAGCUCGACGUGAAGAACUUACUAGUGAAGUGGACUGGUUAAAAGCCCAAGCAAAGAUUAAUGGGUCGAUGGAUGGUUCCAGUGAUCCGCCUUUAACCUCGCAUUCCCCUGUUGUGACCAAUGGACCUGCACCUUUACGGGUAGUUCAUGAAGAUUGAGGAUGCACGAUGACUUGCGGUUCUUGAGGAUUGGGGAGGCAUUAUGGAUGCUGCUUGUUUUUUUCAUUGCUUUUAGUUUCUUUUAUUAUGUCACAAGACUUUAUGUUGAAUAAUGUUAUAACUCAAUGUUUAGUGUUUUUGUUAUGAAUAUGCACGUUUAUUUGAAAUAUGAUAAAAUUCUGUUUCUAU